CGCUGGACUUGGACGGCAAAGUGACCAGCCCUCAAGAACCAGGUGGCCAACCCUUAAUCGUCUCUAAGUACAGGGCCAUACAGCUCCGUCGCCCUCGCCCAACAUGAGCACGGUCCAGCAGGCGAAUGAAGCAGAGAAGAAUAUCGAGAUAUGGAAGAUCAAGAAGCUUAUCAAGCGGCUUGAGGCUGCCCGAGGAAAUGGAACAUCCAUGAUCUCGCUUAUCAUCCCCCCCAAGGAUCAAGUAUCCAGAGCAGCGAAGAUGUUGGCUGAAGAAUUUGGCACUGCCUCCAACAUUAAAUCCCGCGUCAACCGUCUCUCUGUACUUUCCGCCAUCACGUCUACCCAGCAACGUCUCAAACUUUACAACAAAGUCCCCCCCAAUGGUCUCGUUGUAUACUGUGGUGAAAUUAUCACUUCAGAGGGAAAGGAGCGUAAAAUUAACAUCGACUUCGAGCCCUUCAAGCCAAUCAACACGUCCCUAUAUCUUUGUGACAACAAGUUUCACACCGAAGCCUUGAGCGAAUUGCUUGAGUCGGACCAGAAGUUCGGCUUUAUCAUCAUGGAUGGUAAUGGUGCGCUCUUUGGUACUUUGAGUGGCAAUACUAGAGAAAUUCUCCAAAAGCUUAGCGUCGAUCUACCCAAGAAACACGGCCGUGGUGGUCAGUCCGCCCUUCGUUUUGCACGUCUACGAGAGGAGAAGCGUCAUAACUACGUGCGAAAGAUUGCUGAGUUGGCUGUGCAAAAUUUUAUCACCAAUGACAAAGUCAAUGUCGCCGGUAUAAUUCUUGCUGGUUCUGCCGAUUUUAAAAACGAUUUGAACCAGUCAGACAUGUUUGACCAGCGUCUGCAAGCGAAGGUCAUCAAGGUCGUUGAUGUGUCUUAUGGCGGCGAGAACGGUUUCAAUCAGGCAAUUGAACUUUCUGCCGAGACUCUAAGCAACGUCAAAUUCGUUCAGGAGAAAAAGCUUAUUGGAAAGUAUUUCGAAGAAAUCAGCCAAGACACAGGGAAAGUUUGUUACGGUGUUGAGGAUACCCUAAAGGCGCUGGAAUUGGGAGCGUGUGAAACGCUGAUAGUUUAUGAGAACUUGGAUGUUACUAGAUGGGUUCUUAAGAACUCGGAAGGCAACGAAGUCGUCGUCCAUACCACCAAAGCCCAGGAGGAAAAUAAGGAGUUCUUCUUGGACAAGGAUACUGGCGCCGAAAUGGAGGUUGUGGACCAAAGCUCCUUCCUCGAAUGGCUUGCGGAAAAUUACAAGGACUUUGGAGCGACUCUAGAGUUUGUUUCGGACAAGUCGAGUGAAGGAAACCAGUUUGUCAAGGGGUUUGGUGGUAUUGGAGCAAUCCUCCGAUACAAGGUCAAUUUUGAGCAACUUGCCGAUUACAGUGACGAGGAUGAAUUCUACGAUGAUUGACGGUUCAGCGGCCUCGCAGAGAGCGAGGAUGAAAGGCCAGAAGUUCCAAACACGGAUCUUUUGACGGCUCGCCCGAUGCAUCACAGAGGCGGCUCCGAAGGCGAAACCGUAGCUUUCACGGUUGGUACUUUGAAACAACCUGGAGUACACUUUGUGCAGCUGCCCAGAGGGCCAUCCCAGCUCCGUAAAGUAGUCACCGAGGUUGCCUAAAGGCUCCAUGGUGUUAUUCGCAUGAAGGUAGUGGAUUUGUUACGCAUGAGUCGACAGCCAUUCAGAGCGAAUCGUUGAGCUUAUGCGUUCUGAACUGGCAGUUAAAAUUGUUCUGUUCUGGCAAUAUCUGGGCCAGAGUUGCUCUCGUUUACGUUUUAACAUUCGUCAAUCUAGUAUUACUCCAUAAAAAGGCCAUAUGGCUUACAAUAGAUUUUUGCUUCGCUGUACUAC